AUGACAUCGCGUCCUUCGUCCCUUGAGCCUCCUUUACCAUUACCCGAAGCUGGCAUUCGGGAUGAUGGCAAGCCACAGUGCAAAAUUUGCAGCAAGGUGUUCAAGCGAAUGUACGCCUUGGAACGACACAUGAUUGUACACGACCCCCAUCGUGAACGUUUCGAACAUAAGUGUCCAUACAACGGCUGCAGGUUCUCUUCACUCCAAAAGUCGAACGUAAAAACGCAUAUCGCAGCAGUACACGAGAAGAUCAAGCAUACUUGUACUUUACCACGCAUUUCCGAUAAUCCCUUUGAUUUGGGCCGCGAGACGUCAGAGAAAUGCUUGCGUAUUUUUAGCGAUGCUCCCGCACUUAUCAGACACGAGAAGCGUGCACACGGAUUCUAUCGACGUCAGGCGCGGGGCACGAAUGCUGCGUCCAGAUUAGACCUGGCAGUGACGUAUCCUGAGCCACAGACCCAGUUUGUUGGCACACAGGAGGAGAGCAUCAACGCGAUCGCAUCUUCUUCGACAGAUGCAAUGUGCGACCAGAAAGACGUCGGGCGUGCCUCACAGGCCGAGAAAGUAAGGUGCUGGCUUCACACGAACGAUACACAGCCGGAAGGAGGGAUGGACUGGGAACGUGAGCCUACGCGUCACGGAGUACCUGACUCGGUUGAAGCACACAGGUCGCCAUUGACUUACGCCUCAACCUCAAAUAUGGCGUCGUUUUCGUCAUCGCAUCUCGCUCCUGUUUCUGAUGUUGAAAGUUCUGUUGCUUCUACUCUUUCAACAUCUCCGUCUCUUGCUUCCGAGCUGCUGGAUCAGCACUCCUCCAUUUCGACACAUCCUCCAUCAUACCCUCCUGCUAAUUAUUACCCUUGCACACCAACUGCUGAAUCGCAACACUCUUACAGUAGGGUCGCAGGAUAUCAGACGUCGGAAGUUGUCUAUUACGACAAUGUUGAGAAUCCCACAGUAGAGCCAUGGCUACCUCAAUGGUUAGAAACGAGACGUGUAAUGCAGGCAAAUGGACGGUAUGAAUGGGACGGUGUUGUCACGAGUCUUUCAUUUUUCGAUUGA